AUGUCAGCAACAGCAGCAGUAGCAGCAGAAACGCUAUCUGAGUCAGCAAAGGCUAUCAAGGCAAAACCAGCUACCAGCAGCAACAGCAAGGCCAAGGCCGGAAAGGCGGGCAGCGAGUCAUUUGACAGCGCAAGCGCCUCUUCUUCAGCAACAGGAACUACCUCAGUCCCCAAGACGUUUCGAUUCGAAGGAAGCAUCUCGUCCGAGACCUUCAAAACCACAAAGUCGUUCGAUCUCGCUGGGGUCAAUAUCCUCAACCGUAAGCCCAUGGAUGCUCGCACUGCCCUUGACAAGCUGCAGCGCCGGAGAGAGACCCACAACCGUGUUGAAAGAAAGCGCCGAGAUUGUAUCAACCAGUUGAUUGACGAUCUCACAAAUCUGCUCCCUCCCAAGCAUCUUGAGGAGGCCAGCUCAAAGUGCCAUCGAGUCAAUGUCCUUCGCGGUGCAGUGGCCCACAUCAAGUUCUUGAGCGAGUCUAACUCUGGCCUAGCAAUGACCCUUGAUGCAGCCAAGAGCGAAGGCUUCAAGCUCCCCGAAGUCAUCGAUGUUGUCCCCUCUGCCACAGCCUCUUCUGACAGCAGCAGCGCGGAGACUGCGGACCAAGGCAUGUCAAUGGAUGUCGAUAUGGAAGACAAUGCCGAGGCAAAUCCUGUCAAGAAAGAGGAUGCCGACGACGACAUGAAGGAAGCCAGCAGCAACGACACCCCUUCCCGAACAUCUUCGCCCACCGUGUCAUCCUCCUCUAAGCAAUCCGCCUCAGCCUCUCCUCGAUUGACACCCUCCAAGGUCCUGGGACACCCGCAGCUCGUUGUUACCGACGCCCCAAGUCCAAAGACCGAGCGCCCGUCCUACAGAGAAGCACUUGUGCCGCCACCAAUUUCGAUCAGCGCUGCCUCCGUUGACCCUUACAGUCUCGAGUCCCACCCUACUAUCGUCACCUCGAUCAGCGAAAGCACUACGCCUGUCAACCCCGCCUUCCCAGCUUCGCCCAAGAGUAACCCAUCAACCGCUUCCUCCUCUCCACGUCAGGGGUCCUUCCAGACUAAGGAUAACAGCAGCAAGCAGCAGCUUCAGCAGCAACUCUCGCCGUUCAUGAAGACCAUCUCGAUGUCGACCUCCCCUUCACUUCCUCCUAUCUCCUCAUUGGCCAGCCUCAACAUCCAGUCUCCAGCCGUACGUGUCGAGGGUACUUCUGGUGAGAGGCACUUUCAGGUGCGUCCUGGCUCUCCUACCCUCCGCGCUGCUGCAAUUCCAUCGAGUUCCAGCAAUCACAAGAUCGGUCCUACCCAGCGCACCGGCCCUACCUUGCCACCACUGAAGAUCCCUGCUCCUCAGCAUCUCCACCCAUCUUAUAAGCAUUCUACCCAUGACAGCAGAGCCAACAACCACAGUGGCCCCACUCUGUCCCCUAACCAGCACGCUACCUCGCCGUAUCUUCAGCGAGGCUCCGAAGAAGAACAACACCCACAGCAACCUCCUGUCUCGCCCUUCAUGCUGUCGCCCCUGAUGUCUCGCUCUCCUUCCAUGGGUCCGCUUUCAGCGUCUUCUGCAGGAACCUCGCCUUACCCCCAUUGGGGCCAUGAGGGUCCAGAGGGUGCUGCCGCUCCUCCUCCACCACCACAUCACCAGGGACAGUACUUGCCACCCCACGGCUACCCUCACGGCUACCCAUACCCUUACCCUUACCAUCCCUCCUAUGGUUACCCUCACCACCCCCCUCCUCCUCACCACCACCAUCCUCAUCACCACCACGCGCCUCCUUCGCCCCACUCUCCUCAGCAGCGGCCUACUUCGCCCUACCCUGCUGCUGCGACCGCUCCAAGACCUGAACCCAUCUUUAUCCAAGAGGAGCCCUGGAAUGUACAGCGCAAGCGUAGCACAUCUGGCACCUCUGGAAAGGCUCAGUCCGGAAAGCAGCAGUCGUCGGCUGCCAACGCUACCAAGAAGGCCAAGGAGGGUUCGGUGAUCCGUGAGGCGAAGGAGGAAGAAUCAACGCCCGUGUCGCCUGCUUCUUCGGUUGCUUCAACAGUAUCGUCGUACCCUAGCCCCAACAACCGGCGUAAGCGGCCAUCGCCUUCGUCGCAUCACAAAAGUGGUAGUGGUACUUAUGAGGGUAUUGCUGAAGAGUCGGCCAUCAAGCGUGUUCGCCAGCACGACGAGUCGUCGUCGUCGCCUCGAUUGGAAUCUAGCCAGAAUGGACAAGAUCACCAUCAGAGUAGCAGUAGCAACAAUGACGAAGACCGCCUUCAGCAGCGCGAUAGUGGAAUUGUUGUCGUGGUCGUCAAGGCCGACGAAGACCAUCACAGGCACUCUCACACUCAUCCCCUUAGCCCCGCGACCUCUUCACACCAUGAAGAGAUGGCUGUUGACCAGGGCGGUGAACACCACCAACAUGGCCACCACCACCACCGCGAUGCUGCGCAAGCCCUGACCUCUCUCUCGCAGAACGCUGCAUAA